UUUGCCAUUUGUUUACAACUUAACAUCGAGAGCGCCGAAGUGAAGUGAAAGCACGUGUUAUUGCAUGAUGCAAAAGCAAAAUGCAGUUUAAUUUUUUUAGGAGAAAUGACUUGAUUUUGAAGUAUAAUUUUUGCUGAAAUCUAUUAUUCGUAUCAAAUUCAACCAGUCAGUUUAAGCAAGUUUAAGGAUCAUGAUUCCGAGAGGGUGGAAAAUUGUGAGGAGGAUGCCUCGCCUCCUGUUCCAGUCAUCAACGCCCUUCAGCAGAUCUCCUGUGACCAAAGGUCACCAACUUUUAAUCUACCCUAGUCAACAACAGUGGUCAGGGAGAAUCUCAUCAGGCCAAUACCUUCAAAUCAGGAGCGUUUCUUCGGAUGACCUCGAAAGUGGAUCCGAUGAAGACAUCGAAAUUGAUUCCAAAGAGGAUGUUGUGUCAUCUGAGGUGUUUCGAUCCUUUCUCUACCCUGAGGAGAACCAACCACUGUUCAAGCAGCUGAACGAGGCCGGAAGUGUGCAGGACAUUUUUGUUUUCCUGCACAAGCACAAAAACGAGCUGAACCCGGUGCUCGUCAGCCAGGCUGUCAUGGUCCUCUGGGACAUGCAAAGACUUUUCCACCAGUUCUGCACUGAAGAAUUUUUGGCUGACAGUGUGGCCGAGUUGAAGUCGUACAUUAAAGCAGUAAACGGGCACCCGGACUUUGAAGCCCUUCUCAGGUCAGUGGGCGAACACUGUGAUGACCUGGGGCCCGACCCACUUACCUGUCUUCUGCUCUACCUGGGGAAAAUGGGUGUCGACCUAAGACACCCUGUGAUGCAAAAACUGCUCAUCGCCGGCAGUAAAAAAAUUAAAGAGUUCCCGUUGACUGCGCUGUCUAGAUUUUUAGUCUCUGUCCAGCAUGGCUACAAUAUGAAGAGCAUCGAGUGGACAAGACCUACUGUUCCAAUAGUGAUUGAAAAACUUAAAUCGGUCCAAGAUGCAGAAGAAUUUCGUCUUCUGACCAUCUGCCUCUCCCACUUGACUCCUCAAGUAACUUCUAGAAUUUUUGAUACUUACAUCUGCAAAUUGAGAGAACUUCUUGCUGAUGGGACUAUUGGAAAACACACGCCAAAAGUUGUUAUAAAAAUUUUAAAUUUCAUGAACUUUGCUCGUUUCUACAAACCUCCGUCUGACCUAAUCAAUCACUUGAUGCUUUGUCUCGAAGGAACUGUUUCGCAACUGAGAUUGGGAGACAUUACCAAUCUAAUAAGGACGACAGAAAAUUUCAUGCAACCUGCAAAAGUUGCCGAGGAGGUUGAGGAUUACGUAAUUAAUUGUCUGGCAGAAAUGGAGCCUCUGACACUGCCAGUGGACCUCUUCAACAGCUCCUUUAUAACUUCAUCCCCUCAUUUCCCUCUGCCUUUAAUUGAGAAAUUAAUUGAUGAGCACAUUAAGUCCGCCUCGUUUCCCAUUAACAUGGUGCCUCUUUUCAAACUGCUCCGAAACAUCAAAACUCCAAACCGAGACCUGUGUGACCGCUAUUGGAAUGGUGUGACUGCUUAUCUCAAGAAGUUCCCCAAAGACUAUAACCUGUUGCUUAAUGUUUCUUUUAAGUAUAUGCAUUUCAACAACAACAUGGGAGGCACAUACAGGAACAAGGAUUUUGAAUCGGUUGCAUCGGAAAACUUGCUGGAAUUGAUGCGCAGUCCUCUGCGCUUCAUGACCACCAUGGUGUCCAGGUCAAGUUCUUUCCUGGUUGCCUACAACAAAGACGGGCUACCUCCCGAGUUGUUGGAGCAGGUCCUCAACAUGGGCAGCCAGUUUUCCAUCGUCGACUGCCAUAACAUUUCCAGAGGUGUGAAAAUGGCAACCUCUCUCAAGAGUGGGAUGAGAAAUCCUGUCAUCCUUGACCAGAUUGUCAAAUUGAGCUCGAUGCUGAGUUCAAGCAUCCGGGGCCACUUAUCUCAAGGCACCAAUCUCUCCAAUAACGACAGCAUGAUGAGAAUUUACCAGAACAUCAGAGGGACUCCGGGUACUGAUCUGCAUGAGCAGCUCCUUUGCAACUCCUCGAUGAUCAAAUUAAAAGACCUGACUGGACGAGUGUUGAAAGAUCUCUCUGCCUCGUUUAUCAGCAACAGAACACUUGUUCCUGCAGCCAUGGAUGUUAUGCAAGAGUUUAUAAUUCAGGAGAAGUCUGGUCUAAUGGGUGUUUCGAUCGAGAGAUUUUUGGCGUUGCUCUACUCCCUUGGUUUCCACUCCAGUCUGACCGAUGAGUGUGUUAAGCACGCUGGUGAAGUAAUUAUGAGGGAUUGUGGAAGGUUGAACGUUUUGUCUGUUUUGAACUCGGCCCUCGCUCUUAAUUUUUACAUGCAAAUACCCAUGGAGUUAGUGCAUUUUAUUUUUACGGUGGAAUUCCUCGAGCGAGUCGACCGAGAACUUGAAUUGUGCUAUUCGAGGGCUGUUUAUCCUGUUCGAGUUAGACAGUUAAUGAUGGAGCUGAAUAGAGGUAUUUGUCUGGAUUUGCCUCAAGCAGAUGUACCUUGGUUUCAUGAAAAGUACUGCCAGGAAAAUAUUCACCUUUUAAACAAUAUCAGCCAGAAUUCAGCUAUACACAAUGAAGUCCUCAACACUCUUUGCAGUGUCACUGGAGGAUCUGAGUUUAUAAAACAGUCCACGUAUUCAUCGUAUUACUACAACAUAGACUUUGAGAUAAUUUUAGAUGAGCAUGAACGGCCAAUUAAUUUAAAGGAAAACAGGAACUUAUCAGACAGAGAUAACUUAUCAAGGGUGGCGAUUUUGCUUAACAGAGAUGCAAAUUACACGAAUGGGACUGUUCAGCUCAACGGCCCAGUUUUGCUUCGAAGGAGACACCUUGAGAUUCUGGGAUACCGUCAAGUGGAGAUAAGCAGAUUUGUCUGGCAAGCAAUGUACAUGGCAGAUGAAGCCUCGCGCCAGAAAUUCAUAGCUGAGCAAAUCUGGCCACACAGAAGACGAAAAAACCCUGAAAAUGAUUUCAAUAGUGAUGUCGAAGACUUGGUGCUAACUUAAAUUUCAUCCGCUUUUCAAAUUGGAAAGAGGCCAGUAAUGUUUUAGUGCGUCUGUGAUAAUUGGUGACGUUAUCGGUUUCCUAUAAUUCCCAUCCCAUAUUGAAAUGAAUCAAGCGUUCACUCAUGCUUUGAAAUAAAUUGUAUGC